UCCUCCCCUCUGUCUACAGGGUCCCUGAUCAACGGUCAGCUGAAUGGGUCAGGAGUGAAGGGUGGCUACAAGGCUGACGGCUCCCGCUCUCAGAAUGCAGAGGAAGGCCCUGCUAAGAAAAGGCCACGCCUCCAGGCACAGAGGAAGUUUGCCCAGUCUCAGCCCAACUCCCCCAGCACCACCCCCAUCAAGAUGGCCGACGCCUCCCUGCCCGCCCCCAUCAAGAUGGCCGACGCCUCCCUGCCCGCCCCCUCGGCACCAAUCACGGACCUCUCCCGCCGCAAACCCAAAACGGAGGACUUCCUCACCUUCUUAUGUCUGCGAGGUUACUCCACGAGCCAAAAUGAAGGUUCACCAGCGUUGCCAAGCAACAUGACAUAUUUCGGGAGUUCUCACGAGGGAGACGAUCUUGACAGUGAUGACGAGUGUGAGGAGGAGGAGCUUGACCCUUGUGUGGCAUCUGUGUCCUGCCAGUCAACCCCAAGGAAGGGCAAACUGCCAGGCAAACUGAAUGGGCAUGUGUUUAAUGGCCACGGUCGGAGCCAGCGGGAGCGGGAGCGGGAGUCCCCCUACUACACGCCCGCGCCUCGGUCCCGGGACCGCAACGAGAGGGCGGAGCACAGGAGGGACGCUGCCACCCCCCAGCACAUCGGAGUCACAGCCAGGGGCCCCACCGCCAACGCCACCACCAACGGGCACGGCACACACCGCAGAGACCAGCUCCGCAAGCAGGUGUCGAAGGUGAAUGGGCUGACCCGGUCCGCCCCGGGGGGCGCACACAUGGCUGGUGCCAAAAAAGCGAAAGACUUCCGCCUGCCGUCCAAAACUGUGAAGUACACAGCCACCGUGACCAAGGGCCACGUCACCUACACCAAAGCCAAGCGGGACCUGGUGAAGAAAACCAAACUGAACCACAGCAAACACUCAUCUUCUUCAUCAUCGUCAUCCUCUUCUUCGUCCCUGCCCUCGUCCGCUGCUGCCCUCCGCCUGCACACACACAAUCAGUCCCCGCGCCCCGCCAGUGGACACCAGCCCAUGCCCCCCCUCUCAGGAAAAGCCCACAGUAGCAAUGCAAAAACACGCAAACAGGUGCUCGCCGCCAACCGCCUGCUCUCUCAGCCUCCGGCCGGCGGGACGGCUGCCAGGCUCAACGGCCGACUCAACGGCCAGCUCGGUGCCAAGGAAGAGAGGGGGCGGGGACGCGAGGGGCUGCGUCACUCCAAGAGGCGUCUGGAGGCGGCAUCAGGAGGUCUUCCUCUGCCAGACCGUGCCUCUGUCCCCUCAGAGCCGGCGGCCAUGACCGCGGUGGCCACGGCGACGUCUUCAGGGAAGGCGGAGGAGCCCGGCAGCCUGUCGCAGUCCACGCCAGCGGACGCCAAGAAGCUGAAGCUGCAGCCCAGCCACCUGGAGACCCGCAGCAGGAAGGCCGUGUCCGCCGUAACGAUGCCCAACGGCCACGCUGCUGGCGCCGCCACGGCUGCUCCGGUAACGCCCCCCCAGGUGGUCUCACCCCUUCAGGCCGCCCCUCCUGCCACUGCAGACCCCACGGCGCCCACCCCGGCCGCUCACCCCCACACCCAACCCCAGCGCCAGCGGCCCAAGCGGGCGUCAGCCGGCAAGCUGAUGCUCAUGCGGCAGGCCCAGCAGCGGGCACAGCUGGCGUCGGCCCACAACCGCUCCUCUACCUCAGCCGGCGAGCUGCGUGGCGCAGAGCCGCGGAUGGACAGAGAGAAGGAGAAGGAGAAGGAACGAGAGCGAGAGAGGGAACGCGAGAAAGAGCGCGAGAGGACUCGCGCCGGGCUGGCGGCUCUGCCGGAGGCCGCUCUGUUCCGUCCGAGCGCGCGGGAGUUCCAGGACCCGCUGGUGUACUUGGACUCGGUGCGGGAGAGGGCGGAGCAGUCCGGUCUGUGCCGCGUGGUGCCCCCGCCCGACUGGCGGCCGGAGUGCAAGCUGAACGACGAGAUGCGCUUCGUGACGCAGGUGCAGCGCGUGCACAAGCUGGGCCGGCGCUGGGGCCCGAACGAGCAGAGGCUGGCCUGCAUCAAGACACACCUCAGGUUUCAGGGCAUCCAGAUGCACGAGCCCCCUAUCAUAGGGGGCUGUGAGGUGGACCUGGCCCGCUUCUUCCAUCUGAUCAAUGACAUGGGUGGGAUGCAGCAGGUGAUGGACCUGAAGAAGUGGAGCCGCCUGGCCGACCUGCUGCGCAUCCCGCGCUCCGCCCAGGACCGGCUGGCCAAGCUGCAGGAGGCCUACCUGCAGUACCUGCUCUCCUACGACUCCCUCAGCCCCGACGAGCACCACCAGCUCAAGUGCCAGGUCCUCGCUGAGAAGGAGCUCCUGGAACGCCGGCGCGGGCCCCUGGAGGGCCAGGUGGACUCGGCCCCGCUCUCCCUCUCCCAGAGGUACGAGCCCAAGAACGGCCUCCUGCCCGCCGGAACGCCACGCAACGGCUUCCGCAGCCGCAACGGGACCGCCGGCGGCAACGGCGUGGCGCACAAGGAGACGGAGGCGUCCCCAGUGAAGGCAGGACGCAGGAGGCUUUUCGCUCAGGAAAAAAGGGAUGCCGUACCGGAUGGAGGAGUGAAGGAGGAGGAGGAAGAGGGGAACAGAGGAGUUCUCAGUGAACAGCACAAGUGUGUGUACAAGGGGAAAUCAGUAUCGUUGACCACCUUCUACAGAAUAGCCAAGAACACCAUGAACAUGUGCUUUAACAAGGAGCCCAGUGCUACUGAAGUGGAGCAAGAGUACUGGCGGAUAGUGGAGCAGAGGGAUUGCCACGUGGCAGUGCAUUAUGGGAAGGUGGACACAAACACCCACGGAAGCGGCUUCCCUGUGGGAAAAUCAGAGCCAUUUUCAAAGCAUGGAUGGAACCUCACAGUUCUUCCCAAUAACUCUGGCUCCAUCCUGCGCCACCUGGGUGCUGUACCGGGAGUGACUAUCCCCUGGCUGAACAUUGGCAUGGUCUUUUCUACCUCAUGCUGGUCCCGAGACCAAAACCGCCUUCCAUACAUUGAUUACUUACACACUGGUGCUGACUGCAUUUGGUAUUCUGUUCCUGCUGAGGAGAAGACUAAGCUUGAUAAGGUGGUGCACAGACUUCUGCAGGCCAAUGGUACCCCGGGCCUCGAGAUGCUGGAGAGGAACGUCAUGAUCUCUCCAGAGAUGCUGUCGCGUGAGGGCAUCCGGGUGCACCGCACGCUUCAGCGCAUCGGUGAGUUCGUGGUGUGCUUCCCUGGAACCUUCGUGUCCAAGGUGUGCUGUGGCUACAGUGUGUCUGAGACGGUGCACUUCGCCACCCCCCAGUGGAUGGACCUGGGAUACGAGACCGCUAAGGAUCUGAAAUGCCGGCACAUCGCCAAACCCUUCUCCAUGGAGAAGCUGCUCUACCAGAUCGCCACAGCCGAAACCAAGCGCGAGAAUGGCUUACUCCUCAGUACAAUCUCCGCUCUUCUCAAAGAUCUCAGGAACAUAGAGAUGAGACAGCGUCAGGAGCUCCACGAGGCCGGGCUCCACUCCUCCGCCCGCUACGGUACACUCGACAACAACCAAUCACCCAGCGACGGACGCAAGAAGCCCCGCAAGUGGCUGGCCCUGGAGUCCUCCGAGAGACGCUGCCAGACCUGCCAGCACCUGUGCUACCUGUCCAUGGUGGUGCAGGAGAAUGAGAAUGUGGUCUUCUGUCUGGAGUGUGCUCUGGCCUAUGUGGAGAACCACAAGUCAUGCCGUGGCCUCAAGAUGAUGUACCGCUAUGACGAGGAGCAGAUUAACAGUCUGGUGAAUCAGGUGUGUGGGAAGGCUGUGGUCAAGAGCUUCGAGAGCUGCAACCGCCCCCCAGGAUCAGGCAAGACAGGGGCCAAACGGGGUCCUCGGAAGCGGGCCACCAUUGAGGUGCCCUUGUCCCGCCUGUCCCCCAGCACCCCCUCACCUCCCAGUGCCACCCUCCUGCCCCAGGGCAACACACACCUCCCCAAAAGCACCGCGCUCGUCUCCUGAGCAGGCGCCAUUGUCCUUGUAUUUAAAGACACUCUGUUACUCUGAAAUCCAAAUGUCCCUUUUUGAUAUCUCAGUUCCUCUCAUGUUUUAUGACUUCCCUUUCCUCACACACACACACACACACAUACACCUCCCCAGUAGUAGGGCGUAGUCUUGCUGAUAUUUUUUUGUUUGUUUGUUUGUUUGUUUUCCUUGUCUGGAAAUAGCAAGCUGCCUUUUCUUUGCACUAGUGUGAAAGAUGUUUUUGGAAAGUAUUUUUUUCCAAAGAUGCUUUUUAUUUAGAUGAUUUUUAGCAUUAAGUGUCCUGGUCACAGUUCUACAUCCCAUCCCAGUUCCCUCCUCCCCAAGAUGUCUCCCCUGUCCCUGCCCCUGCCCCUGCCCCUGCCCCUGCCCCUGCCCCUGCCCCUGCCCCUGCCCCUGCCCCUGCCCCUGCCCCUAGACUGCAGACACACUCAAGCAGAACUGUGAUCCUCGGCACAUGAAAAAGGUGCUCUUUUCCUCCUCUUCCAGUUUGACCGAAACGGACUCAAAGAAUCCCAGAUGUCUGUCUACUCUCACUCUCUCAUGUUCUCCUUUUUAAAUCCCUUUUUUACUGAUGUGUAUGUUUUAACUUGUUCACUUUCCCAUUGGCUGAGCCGCUCCUCACUGUAGUUGGCUGAAUGGGACAGAGGUAAAGUAGGAUGCCGGCUGAGAUAAAACUUGAAAGGUUGGGGGGUGGGGUGUGGUGGGGGGGGGACGCUUUCUGGUUUUAUUUUUUAACAUUUUGAGGCUUUUACAGUUGAAAUGAGUCGUUAUUUCAUUGCUUUUAGUUUUUGCUAUGAUUUUCAAUGCUUGUGUCCUUUGGCAGAUAAGGGCAAAAGAGUGGUUUCCAUUCUAGUGAAUUGCUAUGGAGACAAGUGAGGGUUGAUCAAAAGGAGUGUGUUUAAACUGUGCCUGAUGACUCCUGAGGCCUGUUAGGCGUAGUCUGGGGAAGUCUGUUUGUUCUCAUGGUGCUCUUGGUUACUUACUGUAUAUCAAUACAAAAUAAAAAGAACAGAAGAAUGAAAA